AUGUUGUCUGUGAAAGGAGUUGUCUUCCUUCUAUGUUUUACCUUGGAGUUGAUAAAUGCAUUGGUGGAUUCUGAUGAUGUCAUCACAAGGGACGAGCAGAUCUAUCUCCUGAUUGGAGCCAGGGCCAAGUGUGAGAGGAGCAUUCACGCCCAGCUGGACACAGUCAGAGACACUGACUGUGUGCCAGAGUGGGAUGGAAUAAUCUGCUGGCCUAAGGGAAAGCCCAGCCAGCUGGUUUCUGCCCUCUGUCCUGACUACAUCUAUGACUUUAACCACAGAGGCCUUGCCUACCGGCAGUGUGAUGCCUGGGGGAACUGGGAGCAGGUGCCCAGUGUUAAUCGCACAUGGGCCAACUACACGGAGUGCACCACCUACCUCCUCUCCAGUCACAAGAACCAAGAAGAGGAAGUAUUUAAGCGCCUGCAUCUGAUGUACACCAUUGGCUACUCCAUCUCUCUGGUCUCUCUCCUGGUGGCUGUCUCCAUCCUGUGCUACUUCAAGAGGCUGCACUGCACCCGUAACUACAUCCACAUCCAUCUUUUUUCUUCCUUCAUUUGUCGUGCCAUCAGCAUUUUUGUGAAGGAUGCUGUGCUCUACACUGUAUCUGACGAGUGGAGGGCUGAGGACAACAUCAUUGGACACAGACCCCAAAUGGCAGGCUGCAAAGUAGCUGUCACCCUUUUCCUCUACUUCCUGGCCACCAACCACUACUGGAUUCUGGUGGAGGGGCUCUAUCUGCACAGCCUCAUAUUCAUGGCCUUCCUGUCAGACAAGAACUACCUUUGGGCCCUCAUCAUCAUUGGCUGGGGGGUCCCAGCUGUGUUUGUGUCCAUUUGGGUCAGUGCUCGUGCUUCUCUUGCUGACACUCAAUGCUGGGACAUCAGUGCAGGAAAUCUGAAGUGGAUCUAUCAAGUUCCAAUCCUGGCAGCGAUUGUUGUGAACUUCUUCUUGUUCAUCAACAUUGUGAGAGUACUGGCCUCCAAACUUUGGGAGACUAACACAGGCAAACUGGACCCACGCCAACAGUAUAGGAAGCUGUUGAAGUCCACACUGGUGCUGAUGCCUCUGUUUGGGGUACACUACAUGGUGUUUAUGGCCCUGCCGUACACAGAGGUGACCGGGCUGCUGUGGCAGGUGCAGAUGCACUAUGAGAUGUUCUUCAAUUCCUCACAGGGAUUCUUCGUGGCAUUCAUCUACUGCUUCUGCAAUGGGGAGGUGCAGGCGGAGGUGAAGAAGGCCUGGCUGCGGCGGAGCCUCACCCUGGAUCUGAAGCAGAAGGCACGUGUGACGAGCAGCGGGGGAAGCUGCUACUACGGGGGCAUGACCUCCCAAGCCACCAACAGCGUCAGCCUCAGCGUGGCCGCCACCAAAGGCCUGUCCCUCACAGGCGGGCGGCAGCGCCCGGCCCCACUGCAUCCCCUGACCAGCCUCCCCGGCUACGUGCCCAGCGGCCCCGAGGCCUCGCUCCCCUCUCCAGCUCAGCAGGAGCAGGGGCAGAGGAGGCUGGGACUGCUGUCGCUGAGGCCCAGGGUUACGGAGGGGAGCCCGGAGGAGAGGGGGGGCGAGCUCCCCAUCUCCUUCGACGAGGAGCCCUGCUGCCCCUGCUCCCAGUCCGUUAAAGAGUUUGAGACCAUCCUGUGA